UAUAAUUUAAUAUAUAAAAAUAUAAUAUAUAAAUUUUGACAAAAAUAAUGGCAGAAGAAUAUAGUCACGAAAAAGUUAUUGAAUCGUACGAUUAUUUAAAGAAAAUAAUCAAGGAGAAUCCUGAGGUCGGGAUUAUCUGCGGCUCCGGUCUGAGUGGCCUCGGGGAGGACGUUGAAAAUAAAAUUAUUGUGAAAUAUGGGGACAUCCCCAACUUCAUGACUUCAACAGUUCAAGGUCACAAAGGUCAACUAGUGUUUGGUCGUCUCGGUGGUAAGAAGGUCAUGUGCAUGCAAGGGAGGUUCCAUCCUUAUGAAGGACACGAAGCUUGGAAGAUCGCAGUUCCUCUCCGAGUGAUGAAACUUCUUGGCGUGGAGUUUGUUAUCAUCACCAACGCAGCUGGCGGGCUUAAUCGAUCGUUCGGCGUCGGAGAUUUUAUGCUGAUUAAAGACCACAUCAGUUUCCCAGGACUUGGAGGGUACAACCCCUUAUGGGGCAAGAAUGAUGAUAAAUUUGGGCCGAGGUUCCCAGCAGUCACCCAAGCAUACGACAAAAAUCUUCGUAAGUUGAUGUACGAUACAGCAGUUGACCUUGGGAUCAAGGACACAAUGAGGGAGGGAAUUUACUUCAAUGUUGCCGGACCUUCAUACGAGACCAUCGCCGAGUUAAAUCUCGCGUUAAAGCUGGGUGGGGAUGCUAUCGGCAUGAGUACAGCGCAAGAAGUUGUGGCAGCAGCUCAUUGUGGAUUGAAAGUCUGCGCUUGCUCGCUCAUCACAAAUUAUUGCAUCAUCGAUUAUGAAUCCACAGAGGCAGCCAAUCAUGAAGAGGUUUUAGAAACGGGGAGGGCCCGAGCUGCGGCUAUGCAAAAACUUGUCACAGAGUUUUUAAAGCGCUGUCCUUAGGAGGGGGGUUAGGUUUUAGAAAAAGUGUAGAUUUCAGGGUCAGUUUUAAAAUUUUUUAAUGAAAUUUGAAAUGUAAAAUGUGAUUUUUCAAUUUAUAUUGCUAACUUGAUGUUAUACCACAGUGGUUCCCAACCAGGGGUUCAUAGCCACCAUGACGGAUGCAUAACUUAUUUUACUUUUCCCUUGACAAGAAAACUCCUCAUUCUCCUAGUUUCUUUGCUUGAUAAUGUUUUUUCGCAGGGUGUUUUCACUUUGUUGUGCAUGAUCUGUUUGAAUAUAAUGGGAUCUACCUAUCAAAGUAACACUAUGAUUACUACUGGAAUGAUGAAAGGGGGCCACGAGAUACACAAGGUUGGGAACCACUGUAUGGUAUAAUAUACAAUUUCUAACACUAUUGCUAGACAAUUUUUUGGGACCAAGUGGGGUGGGUGUACGAGCGGCCACUAUUACCCGCUGUGCUUAUAUAUUAUCAUAACAUUGUAAACGAAUCUGUAUUUUAUCGCCCCCUCACGGGGAAUUCCCCUUAUUCACUUAAAACUCAAUUAUACCUACUCAAGUCGAGUCCUAAAAUGGUCGAGUCAACUUGACACAAUCAGAUUCUAUUAGUCACUCGUAACUUCGAGGAGUUUUAAUUUACUCAAGUAGAGUCAUUAAAUGUGACUGGAGUCGACACACCUCCUCAAUUUUCAUUUUUGCAUCCUCCUUGCUGGGAGUUCCCCUUUUCAAGAUGCCUCCCAUGACAAACUUUUUUGGUGAUUUGGCUCAGUUUUAUGCAGAGGGAUUUGGAAUCCGUCCUUUUUUUGUUUUUCUUCUGAAUCACUCCUAGCAAGGUUAUGAAACUAUUUUGAGGAGGAAAGAUAGUAUUGAUAGGAAAGCUACAAGCGACCACUAGAUGUCAUAAUAUAAUAUGUUAUUAUGAAAUUACAGAAUACUUCCUCCUUAUAGGGGAUUCCCCUUUAUCAAAUGAAAAAUGUGCAAGAAGAUUAA